ACAUAUGCGUACGUUGUACAUACAUACAUAUCUGGAUAAAAUACCCGCAGUAUUAUCACGAACUGUUGUUUGAAAAUAUAAUGUUAUCGAUUAACGAUUACUCCUUAUUGACUAAUCGAAAUCGAAUUACGAUAGUCGAAGUAGUCCACCAGAGCAGAGGGACAAAGCGGGAGAAAAAAAAACAUUCUAAAGAAUUUCCCGGCAUUUCUUUACCCCCAAAUCAACUCGAGAGAUCUCAUCAAUCAACUCCUCAAAGAAUUUUCAAUACUCGCGUCUUUUCACUUCAACUUUCCUUCCCCCCUAUCUUCAAAGAUCUUUCAAUUCCUAUUCCGGCAGACUUUAUCUUUCAAAAUAAAUUGAGAAGGAGAAAGAAAAAAAAAAGUUUUAUAAAUAUCUUCAUAUAUCGUUGCGUCGAUCAGACAUCGUUCAUCCACAUUUCGGCGUUUAUUCACGCGGUUUAAAAUUAUAAUUCUCUAUCGACUUUUCUAUCGUAUCAGCUGCGUCGGUUUGCUGCAGCCAUUUGCACUACUUCACCCUUACUCUUUAUAAUCCACACCCUACCCGCUUCUACCGCGUGUACAAAUCCCACUAGAAUAUUGUAUUUCUCCCCCUCCCCUUAUAUACAACAUGAACGAAGCAGCUUGAACGACUGAAUUAGUCUUAGAAAAUUUCAUUCAUCUCAAUUUGCUUUGUUCGUUAAUCUUAACCGCGCUAGAGUUUGAUAAAAUGAGGUCUGGAUCAGAGAUUUCAAUGCCUGGGUAUUGAUUCGAUCUACCAUGGAUAUAUCGUUUAAAUUCAAUUUUCGCGUUGGCUGCGAAUCUCGCAUGUUUCAAAACUAUUUUUCACGAAGUGGGACAUUUUUCCUACCGCUGAAUUUUCUCUGUAAAAUCGGAGACUUCAGAACACAUUUUUUAGUUCCCGAUGAUCAAUCGGAAAAAAGUAAAAUGUACUGACCAUUGUCUUCUUUAUUUUACUCUUGAACCGAGAAGAAAAGCAAAUUUUACCAAGACGAACUUUAUUUUUCAUUCAUUUUUUAUGACGAGAAACAACAACAAAAAAAAAAUUCUUUUUCAAAAUCAAAAAUGCCAAGAGAAAACGUAUUUCGGAUUUUCAUCCCAUUUUUGAACCAGGACUAAAACAUGUGAAAUCAAGACCCUGAUUUUAGAGAGGAAAUUCAUCGAUAGAAAAGGUUCAUCUUCGUGUAUAAGAGUUUUAAAGUUUCCAGAACUUUCCAAAAUAGUGGAAAAAUUUCGAAAAAUUAGAGGUGUCCUUUUCAAUCGAAACGAACCAAAAAGAUCCACGGGAAAUCAAAAUCCCAGCGAGUCAGAUCGAUGGACCCGUUAAUUUGACGUGGAAUGCCCCAUAUACAAUCACAAUUCGCGAGCUGUGAUUCAAAGUGGUUAUACAUUAGCCCACGAUAUAACAGCUACUAGUGCAAUAUACUAAAGAUACUCACUCUCGUAUUGAUUUUAACUUAAAUGGUAACCCAAGCGAUGCUCACAAUUCCAUCGUUUUUAAAUCUACUGCAAUUUGCCGCACUGCAUUUUCAAAUCACUGAAAUAUGAAUAAGAAAAAAAAAAAAAGAAAGUACAAUUAUAGAUCUGUGAAGCGAAUCUCAUCAGUUUAAUGAAUUGAUCCUAGUUUACAUUGUUUUUAUUUAAUACCAUGAGAUUCAAUACACUUACCUAUACCUCCACACGAUAUAAAUAGCAAUCGUUUCCUCGUUUAACUGGGUAUAAGCGACUUCGAAACUACCUCCAGCUCAUAAGUGGAUCUAGAUAGACUACACUGCAAUUUACUCUAAAAAUAUGUAUAGUUCCGCUACAAGUAUCCUAUAACUAUUGAACUAUAAACUAAUUGUUAAAAAUAACAACUAGUUUAUCGUUAAAAAAUUAAUUAUGUCGGACGCAUUGUCGAAUCAAAGUUUUUUUUUUUCUACGUCCAGAAAAAUACACCCCACUUUCGCUUUAAACUCCAAAAAAUGAAUACACCUUGAAUAAGCUGGCCUCAAAAUUUCUUUCGAUUCAAAAGUGAGCCAAUGAAAAUAUUCGAUUCAUCUCGACUUCAAACACUGUAUUUAUUAACCGUACAAAUAAACGGUCCUCUGAUCCGCGCCAGGUAGUGCUCGAGUUCCACUCUUUCGAAGUUUAAAGAAAAUUGCGCGUCGUUGCUGAAACAGAGAAAAAGGACUUAUGAUUCGUGAUGCUCCUAAUAUAAUGCUCCGAUGAUUCUGAAGUUCGUUACCACGACGAGCGAAACAUAUAAUAAACAGGAGAGGCAGGGUAGAAAAACUCGCGUCGCGACGCGUCUCGUCUCGCUCCGUUGAGGGUGGAGGUUCGGGUUUGAAGAAGGGUGAAUACGGCGGAGAGUAAGGGGGCGCGUACGUACAUAAGCGCAGGGUAGGAUGGAUCCAGCGAAUGCGGAAUGGAAAGGAAUGGAAGGGAUGUUGAGGGUUAGAUAGCGAGGGGUUGCAGUCCGCGGGGGGUGCACCGCGUCCACCCGCACAUUCUAACCACCCUUGUGCCGCACGAAUACAAGUAUGAAACAAGAAUAUAUAUAUGUGUACAUAAUACGUAUGUACACUGCAGCAAUAAUGCGCGUUCGUUGGCGCGGGGGCGUCUGGGGCGUCGCGUCGCGUCGCUAUCACGACCCCUAGCUCUCAGCUAGUAAGCCGACAUCAGUGUCGCGACGUCUCUUGUGUAAGUUCGAUGUACCUGCUAGCUGUUGAAAAACUUUAUUUUCCCUUGUUACUGUAAAUGGAAUGAAAAAAAAAAAAAUGUACACGCAACGAAAUAAAAAUUAUCAUGAACAUGAAAAAUUCGCGAUUGUAAAAACGAAUUUUAGGAUAACUGUAUCGGUUGUAAUGUGCAAUUAAAAUCGCGAGUACGUUAUUCGUCCUAUUGAGAUUCUUCUGUUGGAACGUCGCACCGACCACGUGGCGUUCUGCAAGCUCUUAGAAAUUUAUACCUAUACAUCUAUACGUAUACAGACGUUCUACGCGCAGCAUGAACUUUCGCGAUUUUGCGCAAUGUCAAAUCGCGAAUGAGAUUCAACCUUCCCCCUCUAUACUAACCUUAACUCAAAUAUCAUCACCCCCUCUUCGACCCUUCGUCACUUUAUACCACGUGCAAGCUCCUUUUCUUGUUCGAUUCCUGUUUUUUUUUUUUCUUCUUGAAACAAAUUUCGUAACGCGGAUAUUUCUUCAACGUAGCAUAGAGUGAAGUUGUUUCAAUAAUUUUUCAAAAAUAUGGUGAAGUGCGCGAAAAAUUUGGAGUUUCUAUUAUACAGGGAUGUUAAAUUCUUCUAUUCCGACUCUGCAAGUUGGAGACGAUGAAGAGGUCGAUGGAAGAGCUUAGGUGCGAAGCGUGAUUGCUUUUUUUAAUUGGGAUAUUUUUGAGAAUGCUUUUGGCGAGCGGUCCGUCAAUACCGACGAUCGCUGCUGCCGUCGAAGAACAAGACGAGGAAUAUGCUCACAGUGAAACACACAGCGGACAUUAUGACGGCGACGGAUACGUCACCGAUCACACCGAUCUCGCCUCCGAAAUUGAUAUCGACGAGUCAGAACUCCGGAGAGAAUUUCUCAAGGACAGAUGGCGAAUGCUCUUCGAUAAGUACGAUCCCGAAGGUUUCGGGGAGAUUCCUCUCGACGAUUUUCUCAAUGCACUUGAGAGUCAGGAGUGGAAAGACGAAGUGCCAGCUAACAAACGCGACAUCCUCAGGGUCCGAGUCAAGGAAUCAUCCGUCCACGCCAUCACAUUCCAGGACUUCGUCAACGUGAUGAGCGGAAAACGUAGCCGAAGUUUCAAAUGCGCCGUUCACCACCGAGACAGGGAAGUUUGUUCGGAAAACGAUUUUCAUCUGCUCGUUCAAGAACCGCCGUUGUUUCGAAGGAUGGUCCGCAUGAUCGGCGACGAGUUCCUCACCGAGGAAAGGGAUCGAAAAUAUUACGCAGAUCAUUACACGUGCUGCCCGCCACCCCUUUUCAUCAUACUGAUAACCCUAGUCGAGCUCGGUUUUUUCACAUACUACACGGUAGCGAUGGGUGAAGUGAAUCCCUCGGGACCAGUUCCAAUCGACAGUGUCUUCAUAUACAGACCAGAUAAACGAUUGGAAUUAUGGAGGUUCGCUUUCUACAUGUUCCUUCACGCUGGGUGGCUUCACCUGCUCUUCAACCUCGGGGUACAGGUGGUCGUGGGGCUUCCCUUAGAGAUGGUACACGGAAGUUUAAGGAUCGCCGCUGUAUACAUGGCUGGUGUAUUAGCAGGUUCUCUGGGUACGUCCGUAUUCGACACGGACGUUUAUCUAGUUGGAGCAAGCGGAGGUGUUUACGCACUUUUGGCGGCGCAUCUCGCGAAUGUACUUUUAAAUUAUAAUAACAUGGAGUUCGGGAUCGUCAGGUUAAUCGGAAUAUUCAUUAUAGCUAGCGCUGACGUUGGUUUCGCGAUCUACGACAGGUACGCGGCGGAGCAAAUGGGUCCUCCAGUUUCUUACGUCGCUCAUUUGACUGGUGCGUUAGCCGGUCUUACGAUCGGAUUAUUGGUGUUGAAAAAUUUCGAACAGCGUUUACACGAGCAAUUGUUGUGGUGGGUCGCUCUCGGGGUUUAUGCCGCCUGCACGAUAUUUGCAGUUAUGUACAAUCUCAUGCACCCCGAUUAUCCCUGACGUGAGGUAAGCUUCGCUUACGGUCCUCGCACCACCACGUAACGCGAAGCUUUUUCAACGAACUACGACGUAGUACUUGAAAAAUAUGAUAAUUCUAAUAUUGGAAACGGAGGAGCGGACGAUGGUCGAAAAUAUGAAUCGGAAGAAGGGGAUGAUGGAAAUGAAAAAAGUUAUACCGCCGUUCUCGCUACUGAUAAUUACGAAAAUGAUUGCAGUUAUUAUUAUUCGAAGUUAGUCAAGUCGUUGAUUGAGCCAAGUCACAGCUUACAAUUGCCGACGAAAUUUUCAACGAUUAAUGAUAAUUAUUCAUCGUCCGACGAUACGAUGAGAUUGAAAAGAUGCGGUAGCAGAUGCCUCGCGAAAAAGGUCAAAUGCAAGAAUCAAUAUUAUUGCAAGAAGUUCAACAGGCGGAAAAGAAGAAAAAGGAAAAGAUUCAGAAGAUGGUGCGAUAAUACGCAUAAUGAUUAUUAUAAGAUAACCAACAACAAUGGAAAAACACACAACUUUAAAAACGAUAAAAAAUAUUGCAAAAAUAACCAAAAAAUUGGGCAAUUAAAAUACGCCAAUUUAUCAUAAUAUACGUUACUUGUACGUCGCUGCGACACAUUGAAGGAAUAUCAUUCUCACUACUACCAGCAUUAUUAUUAUUAUCAUUAUCAUUAUUGUUAUUGUUAUUAUGAUACCUUGGUCGAAGAUAAUCAAACCAAAGAAUUAAUUCUAUCGAACGUUAUUUCUUGCGAGGACAGUGCGAAACUUUGCUUCAGGGAAUUUAUUAAAACUCCCGACGUCUGUGCAUAGAGAAACAAAUGUAAGAGCGAAAAAGAUGACGAAAAGAAGAAAGAUUCGGAAUAUUGGGCGUGAUGAUUUUAUUUCAUUAUCUUUUUUUCGCAACUUAGUUAAUUAUAAUGACUUUCCUACGCCAUCACCCAGAUAAUAAUGAUAUCAAUCAUAAUAGUAGUCAAUUUUUUCCGAACGAGUCCAUAUAUUGUCCAGUAGUUAGUUUGAUAACAAUAAUAAAAAUAAUAACAAUAAUAAUAAUAUUGAAAUAAAAAAAUAUUUUAGUUAUAUCUAUCGUUCUUCUCGCGAAUUACAGAAGAUUAUUCGUUAUCAUUGUUAUAACUAUCGUCAUUAUUAUUCUAAUUUCGUUCUAUAGAUAAUGUUUCAAUAAGUUAUACGUAUUAAUCACCUCUUUCCUACUCAUUUUCUUCAAAACUGCAUAUACAACGAUGCAGGAUAUGCUAAAAGACUGACUCAAAUCAUAUGAAAGAAAAGAGAAGAAAACAAGAAAAAAAGAAAACAAAAAAACGAGAUAAAUUAGACAGAAAAAAAAAGUAAUUCGAAAAUCCUAUCUUUCGUGCCGAGGUGGGUAUAAAUAUCGUAUAGGUAUAAUACACUGUAUGAUGUAUCAUUAACUUACACGCCAAAAAAAUUUCAAACCAAUAAUCAAGAUAUAGGUAUAGAAAAUUAAAAAACAUCGUUACAUUCUUUACACAAAGUUAGGGUACGCUGUUUCGGAGUGAAAGAGAGAAAAAGUAAUGGAUAAUCGUGAUUUUUCUAUACACGUUGUUUGACUCUUUCGAUAAAAAUGAAGUGAAAUUAUUAAUUAUAAUUUUUGUCGUUGCUGUGGUUGUAAAAAUUGUUAUUGUUAUUGUUAUUAGAAGAAAUCGCUGCAUAAUAAUAAUAACAAUGAUAACUUUUAUAGUAAUAACAAUAAUAACCAAUGAUAGUGCUAAUUAUUGGAUUAAAGAUAAAGUGUAUAGAAAAUAGGAGUAUAGAGAAGAAGAAAGAAAAUGGUAUUAUAUGUAAUGGUAUACCUAAUUGCGAUUGUAAAAAGAAUCGUAAAUUAAAUAUAGAUUGAUAGAUACUACCCCCACUAAUAUUCAGUAUAUAUAUGUAUACUAUAUUGUAAAUACGAUGUAUAGUUAGAUGAGGAUAAUUAAUGUAAUUUAAUAUAAAAAUAGCGUGUAAAUGUGUAUUGUAUAAUAGAAUUAUGUGUAUAGAUGUAAAAUUUCUACAUAACAUCAUCGAUUGAUAACCAUAUUAUAGGGAGCGAGAGUGAAAAAACAGAAAAAUGAAAAAAAAUAGUAUUACACUGAAAAUAUUUCGGGAAUUUAAUAAUUUGCUUUUAUAGUGAAAAUUCGACUAAUACGUUUUGCGAGCGCGGUAAGAACCUAGGUAUCAAUACAUAUGCUUACAAAUUCAUACGCACGUAUAAUAUACAUACACAUAUGUAUCCAUUCAUACUUCAAUUACAUAUUGCGUAUCGUUGUGGGUAUCACACGGCGUGGAAGAGGUAAUAAUUCAAUUAUGAUUUUGAAUACCUAAUUUUUUUUGUCCGUAGCAAAUGAAAUUUGAACAGUUACUAAAGUCGAUUGUACCGCGAUUCCACGCGUGUCUGGUUAAUUUGAGCUGAAGUGGAUCGAAUAAAAUAUUGUAUUUUAUUUUUCGUCAUCAGCUUGUGUUUGUUUCGUCUUUCUAUGCUGAAAAUAUCGUUUACCACCACAAGUUAUCUAAUAAUAAUUUUUUUAACAUGAGUAUAUAAUUUGUGAAAGAUCGAAUAGGUAUGUGUAUGAAUAUGUACGUGCGUUUGUGAAAUAAUUUUUUGGUCUAUAGCUCAUUUCGCAAAACUUCAGCAAACAUUAUUAUUACUUUCAUUUUCUGUAUGGAAAGAAAAUUAAAAAACUCGGAAACAAACUAACUGAAUAACUAAAUACGAAAGAAGUAAAAGUGAAACGAGAGUGAUACGAACGAUGCUAGUCAAUUAAAUAAAUAAUACUAACGAUGAUAAUAAUGAUAAAUACAGACCCUCACUUACCUGAUUUCAUCAGCAGUAAGGUUUAUACUAUAAACUCCGUUGUUACUUGUACUUUAGAUACAAAUGCAAACAGGAACACACAUAAUGACACUAAUUACCUUAUGAGCUAUGUAAAAUUCUACGUAGAUUGAAAUAAAAUAAACGAAUAAAUAGAAACUGAUAUAAAGGGAUGGAUAAAUUGUAAUCAAAUGAACAAUAAAUGCACUAUAAUACCGCGAACUUAUAAUUAUAUGUAUAUCAUGUAUGACAUUGACACUGGAACAGCAAAAUCUCAAAUACGAUGGGGAUGAAAGGAAAAAGAUAGCAGAUUGAGUUGAAUCAUUAAUUCAAUUAAUUCGACGGCAUUUUUCUUCAUAUUCUCAAUCAUUCACUGUGUUUUCUCUUAUUAUAUUACUUAUUAUUUAUUAAUAUAUUCAUAUCGUUAUAUUAUAUAGUCUACUCGUGUCAGUCCACAAGCCAAAGAAGUGGAGCUAGAAAAGUUCUGAUAACUAAUUAUUAUUAUUAUCAUUAUUAUUAUUAUUAUUAUUAUGAUAAUGAUAAUACAGAAAAGUAGUCUUCAAACAAUUUUUUUUUUUAUUGUCAACCUCGCUACAAAUAUGUAUGAUUAAUCAUUACGUGUAAAUUAUAUUGUAAUAAUUGAAACUAAAAAGAAAUGAAAAAUGAAAGAAAAAAGAAUUUAUACGAAACCAUUAUGCGUAUAAUCAUAAAUAUAUUAAAUGAAAAAAAAUCUGAAAAACUAAAAAUUAAUAUAAAUACAUAUAUAUACAUACAUAACGAUUAGAUAAUUAUACGUAUAAUAGAAUACAUAUAUUAUGUAUAUAUUUAUUUAUUCAAAUAUAUAUGUACGCAUAUAUCAAAGGGGCGUCUGAAUCAAACUAAAGAUACUGUGUCCUUUUUCUCGUCGAUCUGUUUAAUUUAUUUAUUAUUUAUUGCCUAAACGUGUAUUAGAUAUUAAUUGAAAAAAAAACGAGAAAUGUAUGUAUUCUUCAUCUAGUUCAUACAAUUAUACUAUUAUUACUAUUGUUAUCAAUAUUAUAAUUUUCAUCGUGUCACCAAAUAUGUUUUCUAAUUUAUUAUUAUCUUUAUCAUUAUUAUGAUUCUUAGAGAAAUUAGUCAGCAGUCCGCAGAGGUGGGGUUAUAUACUUAUGUACAUAAUCGAUGUAGUGUGUUUAUUUAAAAUGUAACGGAAAAAAAAAUUAGUAACGACAUGCAAUCAUAUUAUUAAUUUUUAUGUCACGAAUAUUAUAAU